UUAAAAGCCGUUAGGCUCCCUCAGAAGCGGCUGUUCAAUGUACCCCGCUGUAAUAAUUUUUUGAAUUUUUUAUUUUUUUAUUUUUUAUUUUCUCUCUUUACGUUAUAGAAACAUUAGGGGUAAUAAAGCACAUUAUUAGAAAAUGGAAACGGUGCAUCCAGAAACUGUCAAUGCACUACAGAUUCUUGAUCUGGUGAAAACACAACUUACAACGAUUACGUGUGCGAGAAGCAGUACCAUGUCAUUUUUGAAAGGAUUCGUACUCGGACAAUGUUCAGUGGUGAUUGUGGUCAUACUUGUUUUAAAAUAUCUAUUUACAGAGGAUGUCAAAGGCGUAAAAAAGCGUUAUAUCCCUUCCCGAUUAUCUAGCACGCCACCUUCUCGAAUUAAUGCAGCAAUACCCUUACCCAAUGACCACAUUACAUCGAAAACAUACUACGAUAUGAUGCACCAUCCACCUGAAAGUACUGAUUGGUUAAACGUGUUAUUAGCGCAAGCGAUUCUUCAGUACCGAGAAGAUGCCAAAAUCAAUGAUCGACUUGUAUUGGCUGUGGAUGAUAUAUUGAAUGGAGGGGUGAAACCCAACUUCUUGGGCCCUAUUCAUGUGACUGAAUUAAACCUGGGGGAGGAAUUUCCGAUCUUCAACAAUGCGAGAAUCAGAAGAUCUGACGAAAUAGGGUCCAUGCGAGCAGAGAUUGAUUUCGAGUACAAUGAUCAAGUGACUUUGGGGAUAGAAACACAAUUAAUAUUGAAUUGGCCAAAACAAGCAUUUGCUGCUCUUCCAAUAUCUUUGGUGCUAUCCGUCGUUCGAUUUUCAGGGACGUUAACAAUUGAAUUGAUCAGUCCACCUGCUACCACAACCAAACCAGAAAUACCAUUAGAACGUUACAUUGCCAUCUCCUCACACUCUGAUUUUGUAUUGGAUCUGAAAGUAGAGUCAUUAAUUGGAUCCAGAACCAAGCUUGAGGAUAUUCCCAAAUUAAGAGACUUGAUACAAACCAAAUUGAGAAACGUUUACAUUGAUAAGUUGGUCUAUCCAACAUUUGUAAAGAUUAAGGUCCCAAAUAUGUGGAAAGAAAAUGACAAGGAGGACGUCAAAAAGAAUGAGCCUACUGUAUUACAGCCAACCGCUGCAGAAAAAAUAGAAGAGUUUGUGGAGGAGAUUAAAGAAGCGUAGUCUUUCUUUUAUUGACAAUCCUUAAUAAACCAAGCUCCAUGAGUAAAACAAGACA